AUGGAUUGGCAAAUGCUUACGGCAUCAGCCUCAGCGCUGGCACCGCUCGACGCUGGUAUACAGCACACCUCGGUGGUCAACCUCUUCAAACUAUCUAAGGAGUGGGCCAACGCAACAGACGCGAAUGCAGGCUUUACCAUUGACUCCGUGGAGCAACCUUCUGGCAGACGCGAUAGCGAUAAAACUGGUUAUGUCGGUGAUUUGGACGAUGACACCGUCGAUGAGGAAGGCACACCCUGGUGCGACAAGGACCUGCAGCUGUGGGAGCGUGACAAGGCGGCUGUCGUCGAAAGCCUAAUGAACCGUCUGCGCUCAUCGGGUCACGGUGCCAGGAUACGCGACAAGCACGACCGAAAUGUCGAGACACCCUCCCAGAGCAAAACCGAACCGGCACGCGAGGCUCCCGAUAUCGUUAUGUCACACGAGCUUGAAAUGCUGCUAAGCUGGCUUGAUCGCCAUGCGCACAAUAACGCGAGCAUAUCCGAUGAGGCUAGACGCAUAUUUGUGGACAACAUGAUUCCGCUGCUCCGCAAAUGUGACGCCAAUGCGCACAACUUCGUCUCCUUCAUGCUCGACAUCGCACGUCUGGGAGACGGCAAGAAACCGGAGUUCAUGAAGUCGUAUCUCAGAGUGUCGCUCAAGCACCUGCAGAAGCACGCGUGGGGAAGCUUGCACCUCGCAAUUCUCAACACCAAGGGGAUAUUCAUGGACGCCCUGAUCUCAGCGCCGCACCAGAACCCACAGGAAACACUCAAGAUGUGCGUAGAGUGCGCUCAGCUGAUAUUCCCAAGUCAGGCUGCGCAUAUAAGCGCCGGAGCAAAGCCGCAGAAUAGUGAGUACUACUUCUUUAUCGCAUACCUGCUAUUCCGCGCUGGCUCCGAGGAGGGAUUGCGCAUUUUGCUUGGCAAAAAUGGUCGCUACGAGCUGCCGGCCGGGUUGGACUACGAGCAUUACCCCCCGCUGUUCACUGAAAUCUGCCAGUUGCUGAUUGGUGUGUUGCAGAACAAGGAUCAGGACGCCAACAAGCAGGUGCUGCUUGGCAAGUUCACGGCGGAGUAUUUCCCAACAAAGCAGGCCAACAGCAUCACUCUGUUAGGGAAAGGAAGCAACUUCUACGUGCUUCUGUUGCUCAGCAUAAUCUACCCGGAUUACUAUGCUCCCUGUGAUGCCGAUGCGCUACACACUAAGGAGGACUAUCUGUGGUACCAGAUUCAUAUCAUCUUGGCUGGUUCCGCCACGUCUCUCAGCAUGUCGGCUGCGAACCUGUGCCACAACUUGACGCAGGAGGUCAACACCAUUAAGGCGAACGACGGGAAUGUGCUUGAACGCGUAUUUUCGUAUGCGUAUUCCCUAGCGCUGGUGGGAGGGGUCAUGGAGGCCAUCCGCCUGUUCAUGUCCGCAGUGCACGACCCUAACGUGCAGGCUGUGGCCCUGGUGUUUUUGGUGUACUUCGAGAACAGCGGGUUGCUCAGCGCGGAUGAUCUAAGGUACAUCGCAAGCUCACUCUGGAACCUCGAAGAGGCCACGGGAAAGUUGGAGGAGAUACCCUAUCUCACCCAACUCGCAUUCAGCAGGAAGAGAAAUGUUUCGCCGGAACUCAAGAUACUCAUUGCGACCAUACUGCCGCAGCAGAAGGCUACUGCGUGCAUGAAGUACGUCGUAUCGGAGAACUUCAACGAAGCGGUUAACACAUGCUUUAUCGGUACCGCUACCACGCGCAACGGCAUGUUGGUUAUCGGGCCGCUGUUGCAAAAGCUCAUCAAGCUUGCCACAAGACGUAGCGCGGCAAAGCUUGCCAUUCUGCUGAUGGCUCAGUACUCUGCGCAUGUAGGGCUUUGGGCUGCGGCGUUCAAGUGCUUCUACUGCACACAGGACGUGGAAAACUGUGUCUCCGUGUUGGAGGCGUGCUGUUGCUACCUGUACGAUAACGCGGAGCAGUCGGGGGCCACAGCCGUUACUGGCGAUGACCUGUGUGUGUACUUCUCCCUCGUUAAAAGCCUCUCCCCCGGCAACAAGCGUUUGGCAGAACUAAGCAGGCUGUUCGAUUGCAUCAAGGUUUCUGUGCUGGUCAAAAACGGUGACUAUACCGGGGCCGUCAUGGACGCCAAGCGCAAUCACAUCUUUGACAGCGUCACCCAUGUCUUACGCAACGAGUCGCACCAGAUAUACUUCAACGCGCUGGUGGACUACAUCAAGGCCCUCAAGAACAUGGUUGAAAAUGGUCACCAACCGGGAACCUUGCUGACCCAACCGGAGGCGCACAACCUGGUGGACCUCCUGGAGUCAGCCUACCAAAACUGCAACGCGGACAAAAAUCGCACGGUAGAAGCCAUACACAUGCUCAUGACAUUCAUCACGAUAGUCCCACCGAAGCCGGGGCAGAGCGUCUCAUGA